CGCAAUCGCACUUCUCAACAGAAUACAUCAUCCGAAAGUGACCGCAGCAGGCCGUCAACAUUGUCAGAUCCAGAUGUCCCAAGGCGCCAACGGAUGGUGUCGAACCCAACGUCACCAUCCCCGUUCGAAACCAAAAAGUUUUCCAUCAUAGUCGCCUGCGCUGUCACCUUUAUUGCCCUUUUGCUUCGUUUUUACAAACUUAAUCACCCUGAUGAAGUGGUCUUCGACGAGGUGCACUUCGGGAAAUUCGCGGGGCAUUACAUUAAUCGAGAGUACUACUUUGAUGUCCAUCCACCACUCGCCAAGUUGCUAUUGGGAGCGGCAGCCUGGUUCGUCGGAUUUGAUGGUAAAUUCGAUUUCGAAAAGAUCGGUGAUAGCUACACGAAGAACAACGUCCCAUAUGUGGGCAUCCGGGCGCUUCCUGCGCUGUUGGGGAGUCUCACCGUACCAAUUGUGUACGCCACAAUGAGGGAAACUGGUUUCCCUAUCGCGAUUGCCGCAUUUUCGGCAAGCCUUGUUGCUUUAGAUAAUGCCCAUGUUGCACAGACGCGCCUUAUCCUUCUUGACGCUGCUCUAGUUUUCUUCAUGGCAUUGUCCCUCUAUUCUUACAUCCGAUUCAGGAAGCUAAGAUAUUAUGAGUUCACAAGCGAAUGGUGGCUUUGGUUAUCGGCCACUGGAUUUUUCCUCGCUUGCACCCUGGGAUGCAAGAUGGUAGGAUUGUUUACAUUCUUAACCAUCGGUUCUGCUGUCAUCGUGGAUCUUUGGGACAUCCUUGAUUACAAGAAGGGGUAUACCAUGGAUCACAUGUGGAGACAUUUCUCUGCAAGGGCCUUGUCCCUUAUCGCGCUUCCUCUUUGCGUGUAUCUCUCCUUUUUUUGGAUCCACUUCAAAGUUCUGAAGUAUUCGGGGCCUGGCGAUUCUUUCAUGAGCCCUGCUUUCCAAGAAACACUUCACGGAAAUGAGCUGUUGAUGGACAGCCAAGAAAUUCGGUAUUACGAUAUUAUCGUCUUGAAACAUAGAGAUACAAAGGUAUUUCUGCACUCACAUAUUGAGAUGUAUCCUCUCCGCUAUGAAGAUGGGCGUAUCAGUAGUCAGGGCCAACAGGUCACCGGAUACCCUCACAACGACACAAACAAUCACUGGCAGAUCAUUCCAACGAAGGCUCUCCCAGAAGCAGGCCAUGGGCGCGUCGUGCGUCACAGUGAUAUCAUACAGCUUCUUCACGUCAAUACCCAGUCCCAUCUCUUGACGCACGACGUUGCAUCACCAUUGAUGCCCACCAAUCAGGAAUUCACAACCCUAGCCAAAGAUGACCACAGUCGUUAUAACGACACGCUUUUCCAAGUCAAUAUCGCUGAUGGAGACGAUGGCCAAGCCUGGAAGACGAAGUCUGGUCAUUUCCGUUUAAUUCAUAUCCCAACACGGGUUGCGUUAUGGACACAUCCAGAACCUUUGCCACGUUGGGCGUUUGGUCAACAGGAGAUCAAUGGAAACAAAAAUACACAAGAGCGAUCAACUAUUUGGUUUGUGGAUACCAUAGUUGCAGACGAGAACGGACUAGAAGCUCAUGACCGUGGAGAGGCUACAUCACCCAGGACAGUUAAGCGCAUGUCCUUCUUCCGCAAGUUUGGGGAGCUACAAUUGUUAAUGCUUCAACACAACGCCGGUCUGACGGCAUCACACCCAUACGCCACUGGACCUAUCAACUGGCCGUUUCUCCUUAGUGGUAUCAGUUUCUGGACCGAGAACGAACAAAAACAGCAGAUAUACCUCGCUGGGAAUCCACUUGGUUGGUGGAUUUGUGUGAUGGCGUUGUCUGUGUUUGCUGGAAUUAUUGGGGCGGAUUUAAUGGCACGCAGGCGAAAUAUCAAACCCAUCCCAGAAGGAAUCCGCAACCGACUUAUAAAUUCCACUGGAUUUUUUGUUGCGGCAUGGGCAUGUCACUAUUUCCCUUUCUUCCUCAUGAAUCGCCAGUUAUUCGUACAUCACUAUCUACCGGCGCAUCUCUCAUCAGCACUGGUAGCAGGAUCAGUGUUGAACUUCCUCUUGACAGAGUCUAUCGAAUACCCUAUUUCUAUUGAGCGUCGGGGCUUCACUCGGUCUAAGGCCCGCACCUACACCGAUUUCGGAUUCCGCGGUUUUGUGGUUACGGCGGUGCUCUUUACUAUUCUUACUUUCUCAUUUGUAUUCUUCUCUCCAUUGACGUAUGGCACACCUGGACUGUCGGGUGAGGAGGUAAACAAACGACGCAUUCUAUCCAGUUGGACGCUUCAUUUUGCUGGCAAAGAGCAUGAGAGUACGUGAUUUGGGCUUGUGAUGGGUGUAUCGAACCCUACAUGAUUUGGCAG